UAUAUUUUCUUCAUAAUCCUUCAGGAUAGAUAGUACCUUCUUUAACAAGAGAUGUCGAGAACAUCAAGAACACUUCAAGCAGAGACUUCUGAGUAUAUUUUCUUUAAACUCAAGUAAGAUAUUGCCUUCUUUAAAAACAGUUGUAUUAGAAGAGUGAAGACUUUCAUGGGUAGCUGAUGCUGUUUUCUAUCACAAUCAUAAUUUGAGUAUCUAAAAACUUCAGUGAUGCCAAAGCAAGGACCAGUAAGAAAACUCUCAUCUUGUUGAAGCAGAAUACUCGUUGCCAGAUGAUGUCUGGGCGAUGCUAGAUAUGGCAUGUGAUGAAUGGGAGCAUGGAAACUAAGGUGACUUUUUGUUCUUUGUUAAGAAUCGAUAUGGAAAUGAGAAUCAUAAUAUUAUGAAAUAAAAAUGAGUAUGAGCAUGAGUAUCACUUUUAAAAAUAAUAUUUGGUUAGUUAAAUAUUUUCUAUUGGAAUGAAUCAAACUUCUCUUUUUUACCCUUAGAAAAAAUAAGAGAAAAAAAAAAUAGAUGUGAGAGAAAAUUGAGUGUAAGAGAAAAUAUGAUGAGAGAAUGAUGAAAUAGAAAGUAUAUGAUGAGAGAAAAAAUAUAAUCGGAAAGAAUGAAAAGAGAGAAAGUGUGAUGAGAGAAAAUGAUGGAAGAAAGUGUGAUGGGAAAGAGUAUGGUGAUAACAUGUGACUAUGCUCACCCCCAAUGCCCCCGCCAACUUGUCCUAGGCAAGCACGGAGAAGGUAAAUUACGGGUGGUUACUAGUUUUUGGAAUAGUGACUAGCGCAUGAGGGAGUGAUGAGAGAGAGCAUGAUGUGAGAGGAUGAGGAGAGGAAGUAUGAUGAGAGAAAAUGAAGAGAUAGAAAGUGUGAUAAAAGAAAAUGAGGAGAGAGAGAUUGUAUGAUGGGAGAAAUUAAGGUGAGAGAAAAUAUGAUGAGAGAUAAAGUGUGAUGAGAAAAAAAGAUGAAAAAGAAUAUGAUGAGAGAGAAAGCAUAAUGAGAGAGGAUGAGGAGAGAGAAAGUAAGAUGAGUGAGGAUGAAGAGAGAAAAUACGAUGAGAGGGGAUAAAGAGAUAGAAUGUGAUGGAAAAGAUUGAGAAGAGAACGUAUAUGAGAGAAAAAAAAUGAUGAAAAAGAGUAUGAUGGAAAAGAAAGAGCAUGACGAGAGAUGAUGAGGAGAGAGAAUGGAUGAUGAGAGAGAAAGUAGGAUGAUAGAGAAUGAAAAGAGAGAAAGUGUGAUGAGAGAAAAUGAGGAGAGAGAGAAUGAUGGGAGAGAGUAUAAUGAGAGAAAUUGAGGAGCGGGAAAGUAUGAUGAGAGAAAGUGUGAUGAUAGAAUGAGGAGAGAGAAAAUGUGAUAAGAGAACAAAGACAGAAAAAGUGAUAUGAAAAAAAAUUGAACAAAUAUAUAGGGUAUUUUGGUCCAAAACUUGAUUCUCAUUUUCAUUUCCAUUAAAAUUCAUAGGAGGAGGUGAGUUUAAUUAAAACCUAAGAUUUUAUGUUUCAUUUCAAAAUUUUAAUUUCAUUCCCAUCAACCAAAUACAAGAUUUGAAAAUGAAUAUAUUCUUUCAUUUUCAAACCCCUAAAUCAAACACUAUCUAAAAGGACACAUUAAUAUUAUUAUAGUGGUCUUUUAGUUCCACUAGGGUUUAACCAUUCCUUUCUUCUAUAAAUUACAUUGUUGUUGUGGCGAUCCUCAACGAUUUUAAUUUUUAUUUUUCAUGUAGUACUUGUUCAUUCAAAAACAUUUUUAUACCUUCUGAAUCUUGAAGACGAUUUUUUAUUUUGUUUUUUAAGAAUUACGGAACAAAAUUACAUCGAUACCCUUAGGAGUGUUUAUUUGUCUAUUUAAAUCAUUCAAACCCAUAUAAUAAUUUUCUCGUAAAUUACUAAAUUGAUAUACUUAAAUUAACCCAAAUUACAAAAAGGAAUAUAUAUAAUGAUAAAAUGUAGAUAAAUGUUUAUAGAUCUAGAACAUUUUUUUCCUUUCACUUUAUCUUCUAUUACUUAAAUUUUACUCUACGACUGAAAUUAUUAUAUUAGUUUAUAUACUGGUUCAUACAAGAACAUAAAUUUGAAAGAAAAUUCUCGAGGGAGGGAGAAAUGGAGUAACUGAUAAGGGAUAGAUGAUUUUUCAGUGCUUCUUCACUCAUUGCUUUGCUUUUUUGAUACUUCAAUUGUAUAGACAAUCUAUACAAAUUAAGAGAUUUUUUUUUAAAAAAAAUUAAUUAAUGUUGAGUUUUUAUCUCCAAAAUAUGCCCUUGAUUUGAAUUCUCCAAUAAUUAUUUAUGUAAAUUGUAAAUCAAUUUCUCAUUAAAUGAGUUUAAUUGUAGUAUAGGAUAUUAUGAGGUGACCUUCACGGGUCGGGUUGGUAUAGUUAAUAUUUGCAAUAUAUUAUGUAGUUGAUUCUCAAUGUGUGAAAUGUAUCGCGGUCACUAGCUUGUAAAGAAAAUAAAUUUUGGAAACAGUGAACUGAUCUCCCUCUUUUGAGUGGGGACGAUGACGACGCCACUGGUGGAGAAGGAUGAGGGAAGAGGAGGUCAAUAGCUUCUCAAGUAAAGGAUUAUUGUGUUGGAGCGGAGCCAGUGGAGAAGAUGAAAGGAAAAGGUGCGGUCAUGGCGCACAGGGAUCAAAUUGAUGGACAAGUGUUCAGAGAUCCAGGUAUGCAGACAUAUGGCAUUUACUUCGCAUUCAAUACUCCACCUACUAGCCUACACUACACAUGCCUCCAACCAGGAGCUACCAUUGAUGGCAUUAAAUGCUCCCAUCCCUCUCCCCACCUUCUAGUUCCGCGCUUCCUCGAUCCUCCAUUCCAGUUUGUGCUCCUCCCCAGACGCAUCUACUUCUCCGAACCUUGCUUGCCUCCUAGGGUCAGGAAGACCGCCUGCUGACCAUGGUCUGGGGCGGGCGCCGUCGCAUUCGAGUUGGAGCUCGCAAAGUUGAGAUGUUUCGCAGGUUUCGUGUUCUUGGUCGAUUUCAAUCCUAAAAAUCUCAUCUUGCAAGCUGCUGCAUUCUGAUGAGGAAUCCCCGGCUCCAGGCUUGGAUUUGUUUUUCCCAUCAAGUUGGCUCUUUUGCGGUUGCUCAAAGAGAGAGGGGACUCCGUGAGUGGCCGCCUCUCAUCUGCUCGAUCUAAUGCAGCUCUUACAUAAAGGAACGAUAUGUUUCGGUGAACUUUAUUAGCUUUUGUUAUGCUGGCACGAAAUCCUGGGAUUUGACCAAAAAAAUGAGCAAUUUUGGUGUUGGAUUGCUCACUGGAGCUGCAAUUUUGGUGGUCAUUUGUGGAUCAGCUAGUUUGGGGGUUUCAGGUCUUGGGUCGAUGUCCUCCAUUGCUGUCUCUUAUGGAGAAAAUGGCCCAGUGUUUUGUGGUCUUAGCUCAGAUGGGUCUCACCUGGUCUCUUGCUUUGGUGCUGAUGCUUCGAUACUCUAUGGAGCACCUUUUAGACUUCCUCUCCUGGGACUUACAGCUGGUGAUGGAUUUGUUUGUGGACUCCUUUUGGAUGCUCACCAACCCUAUUGCUGGGGCAACAACAUCUAUGUUAGUAUGGGUGUUCCUCAGCCCAUGGUGGAAGGCGCAGCCUACUCAGAGAUCAGUGCCGGUGACGACCACCUCUGUGCCCUUCGUAUGCCGAGCAAGGGGUCUCGGAGAGGUGUAUCCAUAAUAGAUUGUUGGGGCUACAACAUGACUACCUCUCAUGAGUUCAAUGAUACUAUAAUGUCAAUCACUGCCGGGUCAGUGUUCAAUUGCGGUAUGUUUGCUCGCAACCGAACCACAUUGUGUUGGGGCGAUGAGACAGGGAGUGGUGUUAUAAGCCUGAGACCGAGAAACUUGAGGUUCCAGUCUAUUUCAUCUGGUGGGUUUCAUGUCUGUGGGAUCUUGGAGAACUCCCAGGUCUUUUGCUGGGGAAGGAGUUUGGCGACGCAGCAGUCUUCUUCUGACAUUUUAGGCCAAGGGGAUGUUAACAUGGUUCCCAUGGAUCCUAUGGUUUCGGUUGCUGGUGGGAGGUUCCAUGCUUGCGGAAUUAAGAGGAUGGAUCACAAAAUUGUAUGCUGGGGUUUCAAACUUCAGAAUAGUGUUCCCCCACCUAGAGAUUCAAGGGUGUAUGAGAUUGUCGCUGGAGAUUACUUCACUUGCGGUGUUCUCGCGGAGCCUUCACUUAGGCCACUAUGCUGGGGCACUGGAGGUCCUUGGUCGAUACCAAUGGCAGUUUCUCCUGGAAUUUGUGCUUCGAAUCCGUGUGGCCCUGGGUAUUAUGAAUUCAUCCACAUGAGCUCCGGGAAUAAAGUUUGCAAGCCAGCUGAUUCAAGAGUGUGCUUACCAUGCAGCAUCGGUUGCCCCGAUGGGACUUACCAAUCUGCACCCUGCAAUUUGACCUCGGAUCGUGGCUGUACUUUCAACUGUUCAAGUUGCACGUCAAGCGAAUGCCGCACCUUCUGCACAUCAGGAAACAAAUCAAAGGGCCACAGAUUUCUAUCCUUUCAAAUUCCAAUCUUUGUUGCCGAGGUUGCAUUUGCUGUUGUCUUCGUGAGCUCAGUUUCUGUAGUUGCAUGUCUUUACAUUCGUCACAAACUGCAAAAUUGUAGAUGUUCUGACUCUGAUGUGAUUGUACCUAAAGCCCCAACGUACUCAUUCCGCAAGGAGCCAAUAAAGGUCCGGCCGGAUUUGGAGGACUUGAAAAUCAGGCGAGCCCAGAUGUUUACGUAUGAAGAGCUGGAGAGGGCAACAGGUGGAUUCAGUGAGGAAUCACUGGUUGGAAAGGGCAGCUUUUCAUGUGUUUUCAAAGGGGUUCUGAAUGAUGGAACUCUGGUUGCAGUUAAGAAAGCCACGAGAGCAUCUGAUGUUAAGAACUCAAAGGAAUUCCAUACAGAACUUGACCUUCUUUCGAGAUUAAAUCAUGCCCAUCUUCUUAACUUGCUUGGGUACUGCGAGGAAGGUGGAGAAAGGUUGCUGGUCUAUGAGUUCAUGGCCCACGGCUCCUUGUAUCAACAUCUCCAUGGCAAGGAUCCGGGCCUAAAAAAGCGGUUGGAUUGGGUUCGCAGGGUCACCAUUGCUGUCCAAGCUGCUAGGGGAAUCGAAUACCUACACGGAUAUGCUUGCCCUCCUGUGAUUCACAGGGACAUCAAGUCUUCAAACAUUCUCAUCGAUGAGGAACACAAUGCUCGAGUUGCAGAUUUUGGUCUUUCGUUGUUGGGUCCAGUGGAUAGCAGCUCACCGUUGUCGGAACCUCCUGCUGGUACUCUGGGUUACCUCGAUCCUGAAUAUUACAAGCUUCACUACUUGACCACAAAAUCAGAUGUUUAUAGCUUUGGAGUUCUUCUCCUUGAAAUUUUAAGUGGUCGUAAAGCCAUUGAUAUGCAGUUUGAAGAAGGGAACAUCGUUGAAUGGGCUGUUCCACUGAUCAAAGCUGGGAAUAUUUCAGCAAUUUUAGACUCGUCGCUGAAGCCUCCCAUUGAGUGGGAGGCUCUUAAGAAGAUAGCUGCGACGGCUGGCAAGUGUGUGAGGAUGAGAGGAAAGGACAGGCCAUCCAUGGAUAAGGUUACAACUGCAUUGGAGAGAGGUCUCGCGCUCUUGAUGGGUAGCCCUUGUAACGAGCAGCCAAUAUUGCCGACCGAGGUAAUCUUGGGGAGCAGCAGGCUUCACAAGAAGGGUUCACAUAGAUCUUCAAAUCAGUCAUGUUCCGAGAAUGACACUACAGAUGCAGAUGACCAGUUCGAGUACAGAGCUCCUUCAUGGAUCACAUUUCCCAGUGUGACCUCAUCACAGAGGAGAUCGGAAGCUGAGACAGAAGGGAAGAAUUCAGACGGCAGGGGUCUAGGCAAUGGCGGGGCUGGGGACGGCUUGAUGUGCUUGGAGGAAGAGAUUGGGCCAGCAUCUCCACAGCAAGAACUGUUCUUGCAAAACAAUUUCUGAAUUCAGUGCUUGAACACUGAACAUGUAAUUACUUUCGUCGCCUGGCCAUUUGAUUCUUCAGUCAUUGUCGUUUAUUUUUCAUCCUUCUUCCGAUCCAUAGAGUGGGAUCCUGUAAACGGAUGUCGACUGAGCAUCCUUGCAUUCUAGUGUUUCGGUUCUGAAUGCAUUUAGUAAGCCUCUUGUAAGCAUGUUCUCCAUGAUUUCGAGUUAGUUCAACUGGCUUCAUGUUUAAACAAA